AUAACUAUCAUUGUUAUCUAGAGUGUGUGGGUGCUCAAGAAUGUUGUGAAUUUUUUUCAAAACAGUCACAUGCAUGUUGCUCGUGUGUGAGCCUUGGCCAGCUAUUAUAGAAACAAGAGCUAGCUUCUGCUUGUGUUGUGUGCAUCUUAUCACUCUUUCAAAUAUCCAUGUCUGAACGUACCCGUUUGCUGGUAUCUGGAACCAGGGACGUCAGCAUGAACCCCUACCAACAGGUCAUGCUCAUGAGGAAACGCGCUGGGAGGGUGAUCACUCACUACUGGGCAAAAACAGUGGCUGUAUUUCGUGGACGAGAGUUCUUUGCAGAGUUCCUAGCUACCUUUGUGCUUGUACUAUUUGGCGAUGGUGCUAUUGCCCAGGCAGUGCUGAGUGGGUCAGCCGACCGUGGUGAAGUCAUGACGAUCAAUGUAGGCUGGGCAGUGGGGGUCAUGAUGGGAGCUUAUGUCUCCAUAGGCAUCACCGGGGGCCACAUGAAUCCAGCUGUAACCUUCGCUAUGGCACUGCGAGGGAAACUAAGCUGGCUAAAAGUGAUCCCAUACUGGGUAGCCCAAUAUUUGGGUGCAUUUGUGGCAUCAGUUGUCCUCUACGGAACAUACAUAGAUGCAUUGCAUAAUUUUACGGGAGCUGACAACCCGCACUGCAACGCUAGCGACACAUUCACCCCUCUCUGUACUGGUCGUAUCUGGGCCACGUAUCCUCAGCCCUUCCUCAGUCUGGCCAACGGGUUCCUAGAUCAGGUGGUUGGUACAUUUCUCCUUGUCCUGGGCAUCUUCGCCAUCUGUGACUCCUCUAACUCUGAGCCUCAGGGCGGCAUGAAGCCACUGCUGAUUGGGUUCCUCUUGUGGGGAGUGGGCGGAUCCUUCAUGUGGAACUCUGGCUAUGCCGUCAACCCAGCGAGGGACUUUGCCCCUAGGGUAUUCACGGCCAUAGCAGGAUGGGGUGCAGACGUGUUUGUUUGCUCUAACUGUGGUUUGAUUCGUCACUGGUGGUGGGUCCCUCUCGUUGCUCCGAUGGUGGGUGGGGCUAUAGCUGGCUGGGUCUACUGGUUCUUCAUCGAUGCUCACCACUCUUAUCAGCGACCGGAGGAUGAGGGGACGUACAGUAGCCUCAACGCUAACAGCCCACCACGACUGACAGAACAAAAGCACUCUCUCCACUGAACACAAACUAACUCUUGAUCUAGAUUAUAUUUUUGUACAGAUAUAAUUAUAUAAAGUAGCUAUUUAUAAUGUGUGUGUUCCAUAGUUCUAUAUAUACAUGCAUGUAGUUUUGUAAGGAAAUUUUUUUCUUGA